UAGAUGCCGCUCCUGGUAGCUCUAAUGCAACUCUGAUCGAAUUCUCUAAUGCGAUGCCAACUAUUAAAUUAUUUCAUUACACUCGGCCAUUUUGGUCCAAGUCACCGUCGUUUGCAUACGUUUUGUGCUUUGUUCUUAAAUUCUUUUCACGAGUCCCUAAUUACACAACUUGAUUCAAGAUGGUUAGGGAGAACAAAGCCGCCUGGAAAGCUCAAUACUUCCUUAAAGUUGUCGAACUCUUCGACGAAUAUCCUAAGUGCUUCAUUGUCGGCGCUGACAAUGUCGGCUCAAAGCAAAUGCAAAACAUCCGUACUAGCCUGCGUGGAUUGGGUGUUGUGCUCAUGGGUAAGAAUACUAUGAUGCGCAAGGCAAUCCGUGGUCAUUUGGAGAACAACGCUCAAUUGGAGAAAUUGCUGCCACACAUCAAGGGCAAUGUCGGUUUCGUAUUUACCAAGGGCGAUUUGGCUGAAGUUCGUGACAAAUUGCUUGAAUCGAAAGUGCGUGCACCUGCUCGUGCUGGUGCUAUUGCUCCUUUGCCAGUCGUGAUUCCAGCACAAAACACUGGUUUGGGUCCCGAGAAAACUUCUUUCUUCCAAGCUCUGUCGAUUCCAACCAAGAUUUCCAAGGGUACAAUUGAAAUUAUCAAUGAUGUGCCCAUUUUGAAACCAGGGGAUAAAGUUGGUGCUUCAGAAGCUACUUUGCUUAAUAUGUUGAACAUUUCGCCCUUCUCGUAUGGUUUGGCCAUAACCCAAGUGUACGACUCCGGUUCCAUUUUCUCACCUGAGAUCUUGGACAUCAAACCCGAAGAUCUGCGUGCGAAAUUCCAAGCUGGUGUUGCCAAUUUGGCCGCCGUAUCGUUACAGAUUGGUUACCCAACUAUUGCUUCGGCACCACACAGUGUUGCCAAUGGUUUCAAGAAUCUGUUGGCUAUUGCUGCUGCCACCGAAGUGGACUUCAAGGAAGCUGCUACCAUCAAGGAGUUCAUCAAGGACCCCAGCAAGUUUGUUGCUGCUGCUGCUGCCUCUGCUCCAGCUGCUGGUGCUGGCGCUGCUGCCGAAAAGAAGGAAGAAGCCAAAAAGGAGGAGUCGGAGUCCGAGGAAGACGACGACAUGGGUUUCGGUCUCUUCGACUAAACAACUCAACACUAAAGUUGGAUAUUACACUUACCUCAGGUGUACGUUUAUUUGGAUUUAAAGAACCUUAUGGGAAAUGUUUGUAGUAAUAGGACAUACGGUCCUAAAGUAUUCUGUAAAUUCUUUAACGCUCGCAUUUGUGUUAGUAAAUUAUUGUCGUGGUCUGACACACCCAAUGGCAAGUUACCGACUCAAAACGUUCGUUAUCUAAUUGUAUUCUGAAUAUGUACACCCGAAUAAAGUUGUAAUUUAAAUAAGAAA